GGCGCGCUAUGCCUGCGAGGAGGAGGUAACGACAAAUGAGCCGGUGUUGAAAUUCGAAAUAUUCGACUGGCGCGCUUAUAUAGCGGGCGGUACGGAAAUUUAGUUUAGGUGGGAAUUAACAUUCUCAGCAAUGAUUUCAUGAUCUCUUUCAAAAAGACAUCAAAAUUUGACCGUACUGUAACAAAUCGUGUUAAAAUUCCUAUACUAGCCUAGCAUAGCACGACACUGCUACUCAAAGAAGCAGUAGCAUUCGACUAGCAUAGCUACGCUAGCUAUUGCUCACGGAUCCAUAAACUGGAUGUAGGCUAGGCUACCAGUGUGCGCGGUAGAAUUCGUUGGAGUGUUUGAAGACAUGGCUGUCUCGGCAUGGCGCGUUUAGCUCGUCAAGCCAUCGGAUUUACAAUUUGGUGACAUGCGGGAAAGAAGCUGGAAGUCGAUAUCAAGGUUUACGAGAUUUGGAGAAUCUUCUCAAGAUCUUUGACGUGACGUUGUGGACCCCAGGCGGUGAAAAUGGACCUAAAAAAGAUGUGCCAAAUCUAUCUGGCCAUUCUCGUCAUUAUGAUGAUGACUGCGAUGGCGGCAAAGCGGGGAAAGGACAAAGAUAAAACGAAGGACAAGGACAAAGACAAAACAGAGAAGAAAGACCAAAAGAACGAAGGCCAUGACUUUGACUUUGACUUUGGAAAGAGGACCACCUCCACGAUCCUAACAGGUCAUGAGAUCAUGCACAGAAUAGUUAACGACAUGUUGGAAGGAUAUGACAGACAGCAGUCCCCUCAUGGAGAAAAUGCCACGACAGUCAAACUCGGCAUCUAUAUCAACAGUUUCUACUCUAUCAACGAGCAGACGAUGGACUACUCAGUGAACAUCUAUCUUCGGCAAACAUGGUAUGACCCUCGGCUGGAGUUCACGCCGACGGAUGGUCUCUCCGAACAGAUGAUAAAACUCGAGGAUGGAAAAUGGGACGAACUAUGGGUCCCGGAUGUCUUCUUUAGAAAUGAAAAAUCCGCGAGCUUCCAUCAUGUGACCAUACCUAACAGAUUGAUGCGUUUGUAUAAUACGGGAAAGAUUUGGUAUGCGAUGAAGAUAUCGGCCAGAUUGGCAUGCUCCAUGCACCUUCAUAAGUAUCCUUUUGAUACACAAGAAUGUCCUAUGAUGUUGGAGAGUUUCGGCUAUACCAGUGAAACCGUUGUAUUUAAAUUUUUGGACGACCGAAAUCCCGUGGCCUUCGACGAUAUGGCGCUAGAGCUGCCUCAAUUCAGUUUAAAUGGCGAUCCUAAAUUAAAAGACUGUUCGACAAACUAUAGUACUGGAGCUUACCCCUGCCUUCAAAUAAAAUUCAUCCUAAAGCGGGACAUCGGAUAUUACCUUAUACAGGUAUAUGUGCCGAGUAUUCUCAUCGUGAUUCUAUCCUGGGUGGCUUUCUGGAUCAACAUCGAGGCCAUCCCUGCCAGAGUCUCUCUGGGGCUGCUAACAGUGCUUACCAUGACCACACAGAGUUCAGGAGCAAGGCAGGGCUUACCGAGAGUAUCGUAUAUAAAGGCUAUAGACGUGUGGAUGUCCAUGUGUCUCGUCUUCGUCUUCACUUCGCUGCUGGAAUUCGCUGUGGUCAAUGUCUUCUCUCGGAAAGAGAUAAAAUUGAAAAGUAUGCCGGAUCCGGAAACGAUCCCUAUGGGGGAGGUGAGUGAUUUUCACGUGAACAUCAUUGUAGAAAACGGGAAGGAGCCUCGCCACACUAAGACAAUGAUUCCAGACCCGGACGGUAAAACAAAAGCUCGGCGAAUAGACAAACUUUCCAGACGGCUCUUUCCCAUGGCCUUUCUUAUAUUCAACGUUAUAUACUGGGUCUUUUACCUAGUCAUCUAAGGAGAGUGAAUGGCAACAAAAUCCAUUUUGGAUAUCCGUGAUUCAGUGAUUUCAAGAUACCUGUAUACAUAGUUCUGAUCAGUUUCCAAUCUGUGCGCCAGGGGGCGUCAUUUUUCUCCAUUGUGAACAGGAAAUGGAGACGUCUCCUAUUAGUGUGUUUUGGUACUUGCUGAGUAUGUAUGAAGUGAGGAUGAGUGCUGCACUGUUUAUGAAAAAAAUCUGACCCCUUGACCCAAUUUCUAAAUAAGGAGUUGCGGAGUAUGCGCAUGUGUGAUAGCGGUCAGGAUAAAGAAGAAAAGCUGAGACAAUUUCAGUAAAAAUCACAGAAAGGUGUGGUUCUGUCAGUAGGCGGUUCAUGAAGCACCAGGUCACGGCCCAGGCCGAGAUUGAACUCAUGUGCUAGUGGCGCCAACCGGAAUCAUGUGAUGCAGAUCACGUGAUGUAAAUAUGGAUGCAGGUAUCACGUGAUGUAGACAUGGAUAACAGUUGCAGUACAUUCUGUUUAUACAAAGCGUGGCUGCCAUUCACUGUGUAUCUGGACCUAUCAGAUCCAUAGACUGAAACAUAGACUUUGAUGGGAUAUGUUACACUCACUGCUAGCUUAGUGAUUCUCAUGCGCCACUCACGAAGACCAAAGGGGCAUAUAUUCAAUAUUUGUUCCAAAUCGUGGGGAAAAGAAUAGAAGAACGGUAACCAUCUUGAUGUUUAGAUAGUUCGCAAUAACAGACAAUUUCUCUCCAUUCUUUGCAAUAAAACUGUUGUGUUGCUUGCGACUGAUGCCAGCGGCGGUUUUAUUUUAUCUCACGAGAUGCAGGUCAAAGCCAUGUCUAUCUUGUUAUGCAGAUUUAGGGCAUGAUCUCUAAGUUUGGAGGGUGUGUAUUCAAUGACUCUGAUUCUUAUUCCAAUGUUAAAAUAAAUCCUGGUUUUUAUGAUAUAUAAUCUUCCUUCUUAUCCCGAAACCAUUAAAUCAUGAUAGUCAAGUAAACUUAAAACUGUUGUACUAAAUCCCAAGUAGUGAUAUAGUGUACGUAUAAUACUGAAAAUGUGAAUCUGUUGCUGGGGAAUCGAUAAAAAUGCCCCCAAGAAAUCGAAAAAGCCUCAUUUCCAUUCAAAACGAAUAUUAUUGAGCCGUCACCAGAUUGCCUGUUGACAACAAUUUUAAAAUUUCAAAAGAAAACACAUAUUCAGCUUUUGUUUCUGUCACAUGCAGGUGUUCUUGCAUGUUACGUGUUUCCGAGUCAAGCAAGCGGCGAAUCAGUUUCUUCAGCUGUGUCACAUGAUGUCUUAUAGCUAAUCAGUUCUAAGCUCUGUUUAUUAUAGAAGCAGGGCGAUGUCGUUGACGUCAUCGGUCCUUCUUUCUACGGAUGGUGUGUAAUCAAAGCCAAAUUAUUGAUGACGUCAUCAGAUCUAUAUCUGUUUGUAAAGUUUAUCGGUGACAUCUUUUUCCGAUUCUAAUGGUGUAUUUUUUAAAGUUGAAUUGUGUUGCAACAUGGUUUACAUAAUGCUUGUAUUGUCAAACGACAAAUCAAAACAUAAUCAAACUAAAACACUAGAUACAAGACAUUGUGAUGACGUUUGAAAAGAUGCCAUCUACGUCAGUGAAAUAGGGUGAUGACGUCAUCAUAACUGCUUCCUAGGUUUUUCAUUAAUGCUGUAGGAUGAACGUUGCUGUAGAUUUGAUGGUAGAAUUGACUUGCCUUGUGUAUUUGCAUCAAGGCUUGUUUUAUAACCUGUAAAAUGCCAUUAUGAUGUCACGGUAUAUGAGGUCACAGUAUAUGACGUCAUAUAUGAUAAAGUUGUUUUCUGUUCAUAGUACGAAACAAUGAGGAUCAACACCACAUUAAAGAUGUAGUUUUUACACCAGGCGUGCUUCCCACUUAAGGUCUCGUGUUGUCUGACGUCACAAUCAGAUACACGAUGGUGUAAUAAAAAGGUUUUCAUAUGAAAGAUUUGUAGAGGCAAGCUUUCGGAAACUCGUAAGAAAAGGCCGCCACAUAAAUUCGCGUUUUUUCAAGAUGAGUGUCCGAAGUCGUGGAGCUCGCUAUGGGGAAAUAAAAUGGCCGACUUAUUGGGUCGGCCGUUGACCUUUCCGACAGUACAUCAGACGUCGACAUCGAGAGCCGCCUCAAGAGCAAACAUUCUGCUGCUGGUCAUUCUCGAGGUCUACAUCAGGUUAGACAUGAAUCUCCUUCAUAGGUUCCGUUACAGCCAAGAAGGUAAUAAACGGUUUAUUUUUACCGGACAAUUCACUGAAAACUUUCCUUAACCUGUGGCACAACUGCCGAAAUGGCCGCCAAGAAACAUUGCUGCGAUAAAAACACUGACUAACUGAUACCUAAUCUGCUCGCUAGAUGGUAGGAAGAAAUGGCCAGUUCCAAAUGUUAUCUCGCCUGAAGAGCGUGCAUCAAUUUUCACCUGCAAGACCGAAGUUUACAUGCAUGCAUCAUUCCGAAAUGGCGGGCCUGACCGAUCCUUUCACUCAUUCUAUACUGCCAUCUGGAGUGUAGAUCCUGUACCAUUGAUGACAAUGCCAACGGAUCAUCUAACAUAUCAUUUGUAAUAUGCGCAGGGUAGACACUUUGUUUAGCCUUUUCUAGUUAUAAAAUAAUAAAGAAUACUUUUUCAAAAAACAUGCUGUACUCCCAAUAAAUAAAUGAAUACAUCACGUGUUUCACGGGUUAAAACCUCACUACACCACUGUCAUAAUUAACAUAUUCAUAACGUAAUUUGCAUAUUCAUGAAGUUAGUAACAUAUCGAUUCAGUUAUCAUUUAAUCCCCAUUUCUCUCUCUUUCGGGUUGAAUCAUUGUGCACUGUACAUUUGUCAUUCAAACUACCGGUAUUUCAAGAGAAAUCGAAAAAAAUCCUAUUUAUUUUGUUUAUUAUAUUUAAGCCUGUAAAUAUUCGUAUCAAAACGGCUGCUAUCGAAGUGACGUCAUGAAAGGUAUAAUCACAUGACCAGUGAUAACACUGGCUGGUUCGGUGAAUGAAGCAGAGCAAAGAGGGAUGGUUAAGUGCGUCAACAUGGCCUGUUUCUCUACGUCACAAAAGCAAUGUCACACAUGUGCAGUAAUUGUUGAAUAUCUAACUCAAACGACAUUUUGAUCAUGGACUAGGGGUACAUCGAUUGCUAAGAGUAACUCAUUUGACUAAACUCACUCACAUACAACCAUAUGAACUCGACUUCCCGCGUGAUACACUAGAUGAUGAGCAUAUUCCCCGUAAUUACGAAAUCAAAUGUGACGAUUUACCACAUUCUUGCUGGAAACAUUGAGAUCAACUAAAACAUGUCGUUUUCAAACAAAAUGAGAAAGAAAUGAUCAGAAAUAACGUUGUCUUUCUAUUAUAAAUACUGUAUCGUCAUCGGUUGUUCUUUUUUUCGUUCUCUCUCCACGAAUAUAUAGCCAAUGUCGUCAGAGGUCACGUGACAAUGGAUUCAACAUGGCGUGGUGUUCGCAUUUACUCAAUAAAAUUGAAAGUAUGAAAUAAAAAUGUACAUUAAACAUUUUUUCGGUUUAAAUAGAACGACAUAAUCACGUGCUGUAAAUAUUAUGCAUAAUAUAAAAAGGUAGGUUUUCUCAUCUUUUUUCGUGACGUCAUAAACGAUGGCGGCCGUGUCAUCCAAUCAGUGAUCCUGAUUUGCAUUCUGCUGCCACGUGUUGGUGUCUUCGUUAACUAAAGGUUUGCCAUUAACCCAUUCACCUGCUUCUCACAUUUGCAAGCCUUAUUUUGUACAACCAUGUAACAUAACGAAACGUAUAGCUUUUUCUAUUGAAAUAAAUUAUGUUAAACAUCA